AUGCGUCUCACCUCCAUCCUCGUGGCAGCCCUCGGCUCGCUCGCCGCUGCCGCCGAGCUCGGCAUCGAAGUAACCCACGCCGUCGAGUGCACCCGCAAGACCACCAACGGCGACGGAGUUGCCAUGCACUACCGCGGCACCCUGCAGUCCGAUGGAUCUGAGUUCGAUUCCAGCUACAAGCGCAAAGCGCCUUUGACAUUCAAGCUGGGUACCGGUCGUGUCAUCAAGGGAUGGGACCAGGGCUUGCUUGACAUGUGCAUUGGCGAGAAGCGCACGCUGACUAUCCCGCCCGAGUUCGGUUACGGCGACCGCGGUAUUGGCCCUAUCCCCGGCGGUGCGACGUUGGUGUUUGAGACCGAGUUGGUCGGUAUUGACGGCGUGAAGGAUGAGCUUUGAAUUAGCGGUGUUCGAUACCUA